AUGGGCGCCUGGGGACGGUCGCGGCUGUGGAUGAGGUGCCUCUCAAGGUGCCAAGCGGCAACCUUCGCGGCUCCUGCAAUAGCUCGACCGGUCGAAAGAUGGGAUCUGCGACCGUUUGCAGCGAUGUUGACAGUAGCACUCACUGCGGAGCAGGCCAGGAGGACCCAGCUCCAGAGCCAGGGAUGCGUGGGUUGUGCCUCCACGCAGCGCGUUAGCCUCGGCCAAGCCACUGAGUUCGAGGACGCCAGCAUGCGCGAGGUGAAAAUUGAGGGGGGAGCCGGAGUUCUGGUACAUCGACACCAGGGUGAGUUCUUUGUGACCUCGCCAGCAUGCGGCCAUUACGGCGCCCCGCUUCGAAAGGGCAUCAGCUCUGCCGGAGGCCGUGGUGGGCCACCGACCGUCACAUGCCCUCUUCACGACGCCACCUUCGACCUCAGAACCGGCCAGGUGGUUCGAGGGCCCAGUGUGGACGGCAUCGCAGUCUACAAGUCCGAGGUGAAGAAUGGCGUCCUAUUCGCCGACCUCCCGCCAGAGCUGGUGGCUGGAACCGGUAAGCAUCCGAAGGUUUUAAAGCAGAUGUCCAAGCGCAAGUCUUCGGACAAGCGCGUUUUCGCACUGCUGGGCGGCGGCCCUGCCUCUCUGGCUGCCGCAGAAACGCUGCGCCAGGAAGGCUUCACCGGUCGCAUCGUCAUGGUCACCCGCGAGCCGCAUCUACCAUAUGACCGAGUACAGCUUUCCAAAGCGCUGGACAAGCCAGUAGAAAAGCUGCUGCUUCGACCAGAAAGCUUCUACAAGGAUUACGACAUUGAGGUCGUUCGAAACGCUUCCGUUACCAAGCUGGACACCAAAUCGCAGAACGUGCACUAUGCCACCGGCGAUGCUCAAAAGGAAACGCUCCACUACGACAAAGUUCUGGUUGCUACGGGGGGCACCCCCCGGAAGCUUUUCGUACCCGGCUCCGACAUGAAGAACAUCUUCACGUUGAGGACUCCCGAAGAUGCGGCGAAGAUCGCGCAGUUGGCCAAAAAGGGCCAGAAGAUGAUUGUGGUAGGUGGGUCUUUCAUCGGCAUGGAGGUGGCCUCUUCGUUGGCCAAGAAAGGCUGCGAUGUGGCAGUGAUCGCCAUGGAGACGGUGCCCUUUGAGCGUGUGCUGGGCAAGAAAGUCGGUGCAUCUUUCGCGCGGAAGCUCCAGAAGGAAGGGGUGGAGUG